GUGCGAUAUAUGCUCGACACGCUUUGCUCGGGCCAACAUAAAAAAAAAGUACCUGGGCUCUUCUCUUUCCCUCUUCUUUUCUCUUCUUCACCUGCAACACCCCCACUCUUCUUUCCCACCACACACUCAUACACACAACACGAUGGACAUUCCUAAUCGUGAUUCCAGGACAAGUCCUUCCAACAGUGAGAACAUACCACGAAUCCGGAAUCUUCACCCCUCACACCUGUCGCCUGAUCUCAAUGACAGCUAUCACACUGUCCAUAGCCCGCACUACGGCGCAACACCGCUUGAUAACGGGGUUUUACCGGGACGAUUGUCGGGCAGUUCGCUGUCUGAACGGAUCGGAUCGUUUGUAGGAUCCUAUUCACGAACCUCCCUUAUGUUCAUGGCCGAGAAUCUGGCUGUACCUGCCACAUCACCUCCAUCUGCUGGUUUCCAUCAUGUUCGAUUGCAUGACGAUGAAGAAGAUAAAUUAUCCACAUCAUCCAUUGGUUCUAUGUCUAGGCGCCCAUCGGGUGAAUACCAUUACCAACGCCGAUCCUCCUCUUUCCACUCACAACUCGAGCAAAAUGAACGCACUUCGUUAUUCAUGACUGGCCUAGAUCGAGUCAUGUCCACACAAACCAUUGCCACUGUCGCAGACGAUUACCGCCAAUUUGCUACACCCAUCAGCAGCAUUCAUCAUCAUUCCUACCACGAUGCCAACAGCACGGCAACACCUGCCAUAUACGAAGACCAUCAUAAAUCAUCAUUUGCACAAUCCAUAUUCAAUUCCAUCAAUAUCCUACUCGGUGUAGGCAUUCUUGCAUUACCGCUUGGAUUCAAGAUCGCAGGAUGGGUGGCUGGCAUUUCCAUAUUUGCAUUCUGCUGUCUACUUACCAACUACACUGCCAAGCUGCUGGGUCGUUGUCUAGAGGCUGACCCAGAGUCACGUACAUUUGGUGACUUGGCCGGAGCUGCAUUCGGUAUGCGUGGUCGGGUCCUUGUUACUGCAUUGUUUGUUACCGAGCUAGUUACCAAUAGCGUUGCCAUGGUGAUCCUCCUUGGUGACGGACUCAAUUCAUUAUUCCCAGGCUUCGAUAUCGUUUCACUUCGCAUUGCAUCCUUCCUCAUCCUUACCCCCAUGUUGUUUUUCCCAGUUCGUUAUCUCUCAUACUCCAGUCUCUUGGGCAUCAUCAGUGCCGUUAGCAUCAUUCUCGUCAUGCUCUACGACGGAUUCACCAAAGUCACUUCGCCCGGCAGUCUGAUAGAACCUGCAGAUACGUCAAUUUUACCCAAUGACUACAUGAAACUCCCACUCAGCUUUGGCCUUAUCAUGGCCGGGUUUGCGAGUCAUGCCGUGUUUCCCACAGUGUAUCGCGAUAUGGACAACCCCAAACAAUUCGAUACCAUGGUCAAUUGCACCUACUCUGUCACCACCAUUAUUUAUUUCGGAGUCGCUGCAUGUGGAUAUUUAAUGUUUGGCUCACAGACAAUGCAGGAGAUCACACAAAAUCUGAUGAUGGUUCCUGAGUACAAUCAAGCGUUGAAUAGACUGGCCGUAUGGCUUAUGGCCUUGCAACCUUUUGCAAAAUACGGAUUGAAUCUAUCACCGGUGAAUCUUGCAUUCGAAAUUGCCGUGUUCCGACAUACAUGGGUUAGCAAUUGGAUGGCAAAGAGCAGCUGGCGUGAGCCAAUGCUGACUUUGAUCAGUCGUACGACCAUCAGUAUUAUGAUCGUCGCCUUGGCCUAUUUCAUUCCCGGCUUUGAAAAUGUCAUGGGACUGAUUGGCAGCUUUUUCAGUUACGCAAUAAGCGGCAUCUUACCGUUGAUGUGCUAUCUGAAAUUGUUUGGUGACACCAUUUCCCCUGUCGGCAAAGCUUGGCAUUAUGUCCUCAUCUUCAUCUCGUCCUGUUUAGCAUUCUUUGGUACCUUGUGGAGCUUCAUUUAAAAUACAUAUUAUGGUUAUGUUGAUAUACAAAAGGAGAGUAUGUUUGUUUAUGAUAUGAUGAUGGAGCUACUAUGAAGUGU